AUGGAGUGCCCUUCACUUUCAUCGCUGAUCGAUCCUACUACUGACUUCCACGUCCCACAACCCGUACACGAGCUAGCAACGUCCGCCAUGACUUCCGGCCUUCUUUCUCUCCAGCCGCCUUCGCCCCUCGAUUUUGACGAUACCACGGACUCCAUGUCAGCCACAAUCAGCGCCUUGAAUAGCACCAAUGCCACGUCGGAGCCUUGGGAGGAGGCCAUGCGCGCUCAGCUCGCCACGUGGUUCGAUGACCCGGACUUUGUCGACGAGGUUCCGUCAAUGGACGUCGUCCCCGGCGACAAGGGCGUCGGUCUUAAUCUUGACGGAGACGCGAUCGUCGCGCUUCCGCCCGACGCCGUAUUUUCUAUGCUGUGCAACGCGCACAACCGCCGAGUGUAUAGGAAUGUCAAGGCGGCGAAGAACGAGCGCGUCGUGAGUGACUGUAACGGGGUGAAGGUGGUCGAAAUGGACCUAACAUUCGCCUUCAGACUGCCCCCCUUUACAGGAACGUUCGACUCGCACCUGCUCUUUGUCUACGAUCGCCCGAAGCGCAGGGUCACGUUCACACAAACGCGCAACGGCUUCAUGCGCAAGUUCGAAGGCUACUGGCAGGUCGAGUCGCACCUCGUCCCGGCUUCCGUUGCCCCCUCUUCCUCCCCCUUUUCCUCGCCCUCCUCUCCCUCCCGCCCUUCUUCCCCCACUUCCUCCGCUCCCUCCCCCCCCGUCGGCACCUUCGGCUCGUCCCCGCAAUCGCCGCUCUCCGAAGUCUGCGGCGGCCCAGGUGAUCGCGAUUGGUCUGCGGAUCUUGUUGGAGCUUUUGCCGCAAGCAGCGGCAGCGGUUACCGCGUGGCGUCGCGACUGGUGCUGCAUCAGUUCGUGCUGCCGCCCAUCGCGCCGCCGAACAUUUUCAAGCGCUGCCUGCGCGCCCUGCUCCGCGAGUCGACGCGCGAUGUGCUGGCAUUUUUCCAGGAGGAAGCCGCGUGGAUCCGUCGCAACAAGGGGAAGGAAGAAGCGGAAGAUGGAGAAGGGGGGAAAGGAAAGGCGGGGAAGAGCUCGAAGCUGGAUUUAAGAGCUACAGCUUGUUCAACACCUGCCGUCCGCAAUCCGUUUGAAUAUCCGUCCGCCACGUCACCCGCUAUCAACGCCACCUCAGCCGCCAUGAACACGUCAGCCACUAGUAUCCCGACCGCGUCAGAGCCCUGGGAGGAGGCGAUUACCUCUCAGCUCGCGGCGUGGUUCGACGACUCGCACUGGACGGACGAGCCGCCUUCCAUGACAGUUACCGUUGGGGACCACGGCCGCGGCCAGCUAGACGGCGUCGCGACGGUCGCGCUUCCCCCAGACACUGUUUUCUCUAUCCUGUGCGAUCCGCACAACCGCCGCGUGUUCACGUUCAUAAAGUCAGUCAAGAACGAGCGCGUCGUGAGUGACUGUAACGGGGUGAGAGUGGUCGAGUUGGACAUAGUGUUCGCGCUCAAGGUGCCCUUCUUUACAGGCACGUUCGACGCGCACCUGCGCAACGUGCACGACCGCCCCAACCGCAGGGUGACCUUCUGCCUGUCGCGCCCCGGCUUCAUGCGUAAAUUCGAGGGCUACUGGCAGGUCGAGCCGCUGCUUGUUCCCGCUUCCGCCACCUCUGCCACCUCUGCCGCCUCCGCUGCUUACGCCAAAACGACGCCGUUUCCCCCCUCCCCGUCAGCCCCUGCCCCGUCGUCGCCCCCAUCGUCCGCCCCAACCGAGGAGCCCUUUUCCAACGCCUCCUUGGAGUUUGCUCCGCAAUCGCCGCUCUUAGAUGUCAUGUUUCUCGGCAGCUCCUCCGACAGCGAGUCAGAGUCCGAUUCGGAUCCUUCCGGCAGUGAUUCGUCUGGCAGCGCCAGCAGCAGCCCGGACCGCUUCCCUACCCGCGUAGCACCAGACCCUGCCGCUGCGAGCGUCAGCGGCAGCGGCAUGCGCGACGGGUUAGGUGGGGACGGUCCUGUGCGCGUGGCAUCGCGGCUGGUGCUGCAUCAGGUGGUGGAGCCGUCGCUGGCGCCGCCCCCGAUGUUCCGACGCUGCGUGCACGCGCUGCUCAAAGCGGCGACACGCGACGUGCUUGUGGUUUUCCAGCACGAAGCUGCACGGAUUCGGAGCAACAAAGGGAAAUUCCAUGGGGGGGAAGAGGGUGCGGAGGAGGGGGAGGGGGCGAAAGGAAAGGCCGGGAAGAGCUCGAAGCUGGGUGCGAUGUUUUUGCACAAGGAGGCGCUUGGGGGGAAGAAAAGUGGGUUUGGUGCGGGGAAGGGGGGGUUCGGAUUGAAGAAGCCGGCGCAGCGGAAGGCCGCGUGA